AUGAUUCGUUUGUGUACAACACCACUUUGGGAUAAACAUAUAACUAAUUCACCGUAUCCAUAUUUAACUGAAUGUUUUCGAAAUACGGUCCUACAAUGGAUACCUAUAGGUAUCUUUUGGUUGGUUUUACCAUUAUGGCUUUAUAUGUUAAUCAGACAACGAAUAAAAUCACAGACAAUUUCAAUUUCUGCUCUAUUCAUCACUAAAAUGAUUCUCACCAUUCUAUUUCUUCUUAUUCAAAUCCUUCGCAUUAUUCACUAUGCAGUAUUGUCAACAGAACAAAAUGAUCAAGCUAUUUUGCUUACUUCAAUUCUGUAUAUAAUCACAUCAAUAACUAUUCUUUGGUUAAUGAAUUAUGAUCGAUUGAAAAGUGUAUAUUCAUCGGGUUUACUCUUUGUUUUUUGGUUAGUAGUAUCUCUUGUCAUUGUGCCAAAUGUCAUUGUCUAUUCUGUUAAUUUUCAACAACAAAUCAAAUCAACGAAAUUAUGGACAGAAGCUGCUUGUAUUUGGCUUCAUUUUAUCGUUGCAUUAGGAUCAUUUAUUGCUAAUUGCUUCGCUGAAAAAUAUAUUCCUAUUGAAACAAUAUCUGACGAAAGGCCCAUUGUUCCUGAAGUGUAUGUUAGUUUUCCAUCACGAAUCUUUUGUACAUGGGUAACAUCAUUAAUUCUUCGAGGUUAUAAAAAGCCACUGACAGAAAAUGAUUGUUGGCAAUUACCAAUAUCUGAACGAACUGUUACUGUUGCCCAUCAAGUACAAAAUUGUAUGAAAGGGAUAAAUACUCGAACAACAAAUAUUUCAUAUGAAAAUAUAUCUAUUGCAAAUCCAACUGAAGAUGGGAAUCGAAAUUCACUUAAUGAUUUGCCAUUGAUCGAUAUAAAGAAGCCAUUAUCAAAAUAUCAGAAGAAAACUAUUUUUUGGCAUGCUCUCUUUGGUGCAUUUAUUGAUAAGAUUAUCGCUGGUGGUCUUAUAAAAUUUGUUCAUGAUCUAUUUCAAUUGACAGGUCCUUUGAUUUUAAAACUUUUUCUAAAUUAUUUUACUGAUCCAACGAAACCAAAAUGGUUAGGUAUUUUUUAUGCUAUAUUAUUAAGUACAAUUGUUUUUUGUCAAGUAAUAUUCUUACGAGCUUAUUUUCAUUGUCAAUUUCUUGUUGGACUUCGAUUUCGUUCAGCAAUUAUUGGACUUGUAUAUCGCAAGAGUUUAAAAUUAUCAAAUUCAUCCAAGCAUGAAACAACUACUGGCGAAAUGAUUAAUCUAAUGGCAAUUGAUGCUUCACAUUUUGGUGAAAUCACUACACAACUUCAUAUGUUAUGGUCAGGUCCAUUCCAGAUUACUAUUAUACUUGUUUUACUCUAUCAACAAAUGCAAUUAGCAAUAAUACCCGGUGUAGCAUUAUUACUUUUAAUGAUUCCGAUUAAUUUAUUUCUACAAAGAAUUCAGAAAAAACUUACGUCUAAACAAUUGACAGUUAAAGAUGAACGAAUUAAAAUGAUGAAUGAAAUCCUCAAUGGAAUUAGAGUUUUAAAAUUAUAUGCAUGGGAAAUGGCAUUUAUUCGUUCAAUUACUCGUAUUCGAGAAAAAGAACUCGGAUAUAUACGUCAAAAAGCUAUUAUUGGUGCUAUUUCAAGUAUUCUUUGGACAUUUACACCAAUUUUAGUUGGCAUAACUAUAUUUGCCACAUAUGUUCUUUUAUCGGAUUCGAAUAUUUUAACUGCUGACAAAGCAUUUGUAUCAUUAGCAUUAUUCAAUCUACUUCGCGGUCCACUUGUUUCAUUUCCAAAUAUGAUUAACAGCAUUGUCGACGCAUGUGUAUCAAGCAACCGAAUUGGAAAAUUUUUAAACAAUGAUGAAAUUGAUAAAUAUGCUGUUGAUAGAGUACCUAUUGAAUUAUUACAUGGAAAUUCUGUUAAUAUUGAAAAUGGAUCUUUUCGUUGGUCAAAUCUUUUUGAUGAUCCUUUAAUUUUAAAAAAUAUAAAUCUACAAAUUUCUCAAGGUUCACUUGUUGCACUUGUUGGUAUGGUAGGAUCUGGUAAAAGUAGUAUAUUAGCAACACUUCUUGGAGAAAUGAUUAAAGUUAAUGGACGUGUUAGUAUAAGUGGAAAGAUUGCUUAUGUUCCACAGACAGCAUGGAUUAUGAAUACAACAUUAAAAGAAAAUAUUCUUUUUGGAAGAGAUUUUGAUGAGAAAUUAUAUGAUCAAGUCAUUGAAGCAUGUGCUUUAGAACAAGAUCUUGUUAUGCUUCCAUCAAAAGAUCAAACAGAAAUUGGUGAAAAGGUAUAAUAUACUAAAAUAAUUUGAAUUAUUAAUAAAGAGACUCACCGUCACAAAGUCAAUUUUUCGAAGGAAAAUAGAAAUCAAAUUUUUAUUAUAGGAAGAUGCACUAGAAUCUUAUCUUCUAGAAUGUAUAUCACUUUUUUGCAAAACCAACAGAUUCUGAUGGACUUAUUGGAACGAACUUGGACCAUAUUCUCAUGUUUUUCAAAGACUGCUUUUGCUCUAGCAUCGAUUAAGGCGUUUUUUUUAAAAAUACUAAUCAUCAAGAGCCUGUUAACAGUUAAGAUAAAGAUCACAUACAGGAUGAUCCAAAAGUCUUGGUACCUCUCAGAAAAAUUGUUUGUUCU